AUGGGUGCUGAAAACACCUUCGAAGUUGAAGAAACUUUACUUGGGUUGAUCGCGUUAUUGUCUCAGCUUUCAAAAACCACAAGAAGAAAAUUUCGGUUCCGUGCACUUCUGAAUUUUAAAUGUUCGAUACUCGAGGUCUUUAAUUUGACUAGCGAAGCUUGUGCGAGUACUUUUCAGGGUGCAUCAUUCUCGCAAUUGUCGAGUGGAUUGACAAUUAUGGAAGAGUAUUUGACUUCGAUUUCAUUCAUCAACAUUCAUCUCCAAGGGAAAAAAACUUUUUAUUCGGCUUUUCAAGCUCAUCCUCAAUCUAAUUUAAAUGAAUAA